AUGAAGAUGACCGACAACAAACAUGACGACGAUCCACACUACCACAUCGUCGGUGGCGGGCCCGUCGGCUACGCGACGGCGCUCCUGCUGGCCAAGGACGGCAUCCUCUCGACUGUCUACGAGUCUCGUGCAUCCGUCGUCGACGUGCCUGAGGAAUCCUACCCGAUCGGCGUCAACGCGCGCGGCCUCCACACCCUCGGGCUCAUCGACCCGUCGCUGGCCGCGUCCUGCCGCGACACCGGCAAGAUCAUCAACGCGUGGGAGAUCUACGGUGGAGGUGGCUCGAAGGUGGCCGACCUCCCAAGCGGCGUGGUGUACGGCACGUCUCGCGCCAGGGUCAACCUCAUCCUGGCCGAGGCCGCGCUCCGGCCGGAGUUUGCGUCGCUCAUCACGGUGGUCAACAACUACCGGCUCCGCUCCGUCCGCUUGGCGGCGCGCGAGCUGGUCUUCGAGGAGCGGCUGAGCGGCGGCGGCAAGCGCGAGGUGGUGGUGGCGACCGGCCCGAACGGGCGGGUGGUGGCGGCAGACGGCUGCAACUCCGCGGUGCGCCGCGCGGUCGACGAGCAGGACGAGGGCUUCUCGUGCACCGUGACGCCAUGGAAGAACGAGUUCCGCGUCAUCUUCGCGCCGCCGGGCGCGAGCGCGCCGGGGCUCGACAAGACCGUGCACUACAUCUUCGCGGGGUUCUACGCGGCGACGGUCGACAUGGGCGGGCAGCAGACGUGGACGUGCGUCGUGGGCGCGCGCGACGGCGCGCCGCGCGCCGAGCGCGAGCUGCUGCUGUCGGAGGACCCGUCGGACGCCAACGUGACCGCGUUGCGCAAGCUGCUCGAGACGCGCUCGCCGCUGGUGGCGCCGAUCUUCGGCGACGACGAGCUGCGCCGCUUCUUCGGCCGGCGCACCUUCCGCGGCGCGAUGGUCCAGUGCUCGCGCGCCAACGUGGGCGAGUGGCUGGUGCUUCUGGGCGACGCGGCACACUCGGUCCUCCCUCCGACGGGCGAGGGCAUCAACAGUGGCCUCGAGGACGCGGCCAUCCUCGCGGCGAGCGUGCGCGGCGCCCCCACGGCGCCCUUCUCCGAGUACGAGGCGGCGCGUGGCGCCGACGUGGCGGGUCUGCUCUCGUACGCAAGCUACCUCAACGACGGCUUCGACCUCAAGGUGCCGGGCGAGGCGGGCGCGCGCCUCGCCUUCCAAAUCCUCGAGUCGCUCCUGGGCGGCUGCGGCGUCGUGCCGCUCACCACCUCGCUCUUCGGCCCGCCCUCCGCCGAGCGCGCGCCCUACGGGCCGAUGACGCGACGCUGGCGGCGGCGCAAGGCCGUGCUGCUGCCCCUCGCCCGGCUGCUCAUCUAUCCGUGGGCGUGGACCUUUGCGCUGCUGCGGCUGCCGUGGGUCGCCGCGCGCGGCCUCUGCCGCUGCUGCGCCCGCCGCUGUACGCCCGAGGAGAUGAGCUCGCCCCUGCUGGGCGGCGGGCCGUCGAGCUCGAGGAGCAUGAAGCCGCCCAUCGACCUUGACGGCGCCGACGCGGAGGCCGGCGGCGCGUCCGCUGCGAAGGAGCCCGCGCCCGCCCAUGAGGCUCGUCCGGACUCCGGACUCUCGUAG